UCACAACAAUCAAAUUUUGGGACAUAUUUUGACAUAAAAUUCAGAAAUUACUACCACAUUUUACCCUUCCCUCUUUGCCUUUUCUUCCCUUUUCUCUUUUUUGGGAUGAUUAUUUCUUCUUCUUUGGGGGGGCAAGCGCCCCAAGCCCCCCCCCCCUCCCCAUCUGUACGCCACUGUUUUUUUUUGGGGGGGGGGGGUAAAAGGGCAUACAUAUCAAGACUACCUUUGAAGUACAUCCAUGACAUCUGUCUUUGAUGUGAUACUCAGUGGCAUGAUUGGAUGACAUUUGUUAGCUACGCCGAGGACAGUGCACCUUAAAUAAAAUUGUGCGUUCGACUGCAACUCUUCGCCUUCCUUAAUUCCCAUUGAUUCCCAUUAUGAAUCAUAUUGCUGUCGGAACUACAUUCAAGACGUAAGGAAAACCUUCCGCGUUCAUUGUUUGAGUUGGCACGCAAUUAGUUGUAAUCACUUUGGUGUCUGCCUUCGUAUGACCUCAAACCUUUAUUCAAGGAAUUAACAUACUGCAUAAUAGGCCUAUAGACACAAUGAGUUACAAAUGCUCGUUAAUUCUACUACUGGUGGUGAUAUCCACUGUCACAGCUACCAGGAAGGAUCCUAAUUUUCAGGAGGGUAGAACAGCUAUCGUUCACCUCUUCGAGUGGAAAUGGACCGACAUCGUCAGGGAAUGUGAAGAAUACCUCGGACCUCAUCAGUUUGCUGGGGUGCAGAUCUCUCCUCCAAUGGAACACAGGGUCUACCCGGAGUUCGGAUACCCUUGGUGGCAGCGGUACCAACCGGUCAGCUACAGGAUCGAUGGCAGGAGUGGUGGUAGAGAAGCCUUCGCUGACAUGGUUAGCCGAUGUAACGAUGUCGGUGUCCGGGUCUAUGUCGAUGCCAUUGUCAACCAUAUGGCCAGUGUAAAUUCAACGGCUAAUGAUACGUAUAAUUUCCCGGACGUGCCAUUCACACCACAAGACUUCAAUGUGCCCAAAGGACUCUGUAACCUUACAUCGGGGGAUAUAGCUCAAACAAGCUACGUAUACAGCUCAUAUGAAGUCCGCUACUGCAAUUUACUAUCGCUGGCCGAUAUUUACUAUGGACCGGAUAAUGAUAACUACGGCAAGACCAAGGUGUUGGAGUAUCUCAACGACCUCAUAUCGAUGGGUGUGGCCGGAUUCCGGAUUGAUGCUGCAAAACACAUGCCUCCCGAGAUACUUUCUGAUAUUUUAGACGGUCUCGAUGAUUGCACAUUUGGCGGGAGCCCUUGGGUCUACAAUGAGGUCAUCGAUGUUAAUGAAGCUGAGGCCAUUCGUUCUUCUGAGUACUUCGAGUGUGGUGAUGUAACUGAAUUCCGGUACUGCGAUGCGAUAACACUUCUUGGUCGAGGGAUAAAGAAUGCAAACGAAUACGAGGACUUUGGAUUUGAUGACAAAUGGGGAUUGAUGCCUGAUGAGAAUGCUGUUGUCUUUGUGGAGAAUCAUGAUAACCAGCGGAAUCAUGGAGCAGGUGGGGAUAUACUGGCCUUCAAAGAGCCUCUCCCUUACAAGAAAGCCGUCGCCUUCACCCUUGCCUGGCCUUAUGGAACCAAACGACUCAUGAGCAGCUACGAAUUCGAAAAUUCUGACCAGGGACCUCCUUCCAACGAGAACGGCGAAAUCGACGACGUUGUCAUCAACAGCCGUGGCCUGUGCGACGGCGGGUGGGUGUGUGAACAUCGCUGGCAUGAGGUUCGUAACAUGGUCUGUUUCCAGAACAUCGUGGAAGAUGAGCAAGUGGAAAACUGGUGGGACAACGGUAACAAUGCCAUCGCUUUCUCUCGAGGGGACAAGGGGUUCUUUGCCUUGAACAACGAAGAGAUUACCGUUACCGAGGUCCUCCAGACUGGACUUCCAGAAGGCCAAUAUUGCGAUCUCAUCAGCGGGGAUCCUACCACAGACGGAUGCUCUGGAAGGAUCGUAGAAGUCAGUGCCGACGGAACGGCCGAGAUUACGCUUAUACCAAGCGGACGCCACGGUGAUGAUGCCAUUCUUGCUUUGACCAAAGAGGCAACGUUUGGUCGAGGCAACUAUGAGGGUUGUCUUUUCGUCGGAGCUGGAACACGACUUGUCCCAAGUUUGACCUGGAUCUCAAUACUCCUCGCUUUUCUGUUUCUGAAGUGGGCAUAAAAAUGAAUAGGACCUAUUUCCCAAUUAGGCCUACUUUAAAGCAUAGUAAAUAAUCCUUUCUAUAAAUCACCGACGAUCUAGCUUGUCAAAUAAGGUUCUAUCGUGGUUUUAAUCGAAAUUCCAUUCACUUACUUUUACCAUGGACCUACUUAGUAGGUCCAUGCUUUUACUAACAAUCUACCACUGCAAGAAUUCUUUGGUUGGAUAUACGUUUCCGAAAUACAAUAUGGAUAAGGCCUAUCUAAAGGAUAGCAAUGCUUCUUUGAUUCUUGUCAACACUUCGCUUGGAUAUGGCUUACGUCACUACUGACAUACCUUUGACAUUUAAUGAUCUAAUUAUGAAUAAAAUACAUAAUUAUGUUUACUUGAAGAUAAAUUUGACGAGAUCCGUAGAAAGAAAUACAAAAGAAUUAGUCUUCUAGCCCUAAUCAUGACGAGAGCAAUCUGGUAGCCCGACUCCAGUCUGUAUAUAUAUCAGGCAUGCACUCCGAUGAGUUGAGACUUUUCCAGCGUAUAAGUAAACAAAACAUAUAAAGCAGGGGGGCCGCGGAACAGUUUUUCAUAAUUGGGGCGCUGAGCAAAAAGUGUGUGGGGGUGCUGACCAGUCAAAAAUCAAAUGUUAAUUUUUUACGUUUUGUUUUACGUUUAUUUAAGGAGUGUGGGUUGUAGUCACCCCCCCCCCCCCCGGCCUCCCCCCGCUCUGUAUCCUGCCCCCUCCGGUUCCGCGGCCUCCGUGAAGUGUCAUUAGAAUAGAGGCAACUGAUUGACCAAUAUCACUUAUCAUGGUAUAGUAGUUCUAAAGUUACACACGAAACAAAAUUAUAUCAUCAUUAUUUUCCUUCGGAGAUAAAGAAAUCAUCUGAAAGUAUAUGUCCGUCGUUUUGCCAUGUUUGCUAUCAUGAUGGUAUACAUUACCGACAUUCGAAUCACCCUUAGACAAAACUAAUCGUAUUUCUAAAACUAUUUAUUUUGUUCGAUCCGCUCGCUUACAAUAAACAUGUACUUAAAUUUCGAAACCUAUACCGUUUGAUGAAAACACAAAUGGGAGAUGAAAAAAUCGAGGUCGCUUUCAACUUUAUUGAAAGCAAUCAUACUCUGAUGCCGUAUAAGAUUCGAAGUUCUGAAACGAAUGUGAUCAUGAUCUAAAUGAUUUGAUGGAAGUUUGAAAAUGGCUCUGAAGCACUAACUUGUGCUAGAAUGAAUCUCCUAAGUAAUAUCACCAACUCUUUGCGUGUUAGGUUUCAUUUUGUUUAUCUAUAAUGAUACAAAAAUAAUUUUGUGUGCAGAAAUUAUGUUUGUUCGUGUUGUAUACACUAGCAAUCGGUUUCAUGAGUAUCGAUAACAUGCGUCAUUAACUAAUUCAUAUUUGAUAUAUGAUCUCUACCCCCCCCCCUCUCUCUCUCUCAUGCUCGAUCUGUCUCCCAAAAUCUAUUAUUUACUUUCCUUCCAUUUUAAUUUCUUUCUUAUUUAUUUUCUUACUUCGCUUUUAUCAUUUUCUUUCACCUUUAAUCGCUUUCUUUCUUUACUCUUUAAUUCCCCUCUCCUUUUUUUUUAUACAAUUCUCACGCUCUCUUUUUUUUCUUUCCUUACCGUAUAUUUCAUUCAUCGAAUUUCCAUUAAAUACGCAUUAUUAGAGUACUUUUCACUUUGUUCAUCGAAUUCAUCGAUUUCUGAUGAUAAUCUGAAAUAAAAGUUUCAUAAUUAAAUUGGCGUCAUGGUUCUAUAAUCGGAUUUCAUUUGUUCCCUUGUAUAUUCGUGUUAAAUGUGGUGUUAAUUUAUUAUUUUAUUUUAUUUCUUCACUUAUUCAUUUUUAGAAUAUUGUAUACAUGUAGAUGUAUUUGCAAAUAAUGCAUCUAUAGCAGUGACCAUGUACAUUGUGUGAUGCGCAUUGACGCAUAUUUUUCAAUCCAUUGCCAUGAAGAGCACAAUACUAAUAAUUGGUUUACAAUAAAAAGAGUAUUGGUGAA